AAUUUAGCAGUGGACAGUAAAUGAUUGGAACAAUUGUUUUUUUAUGUUGGAAACCUUGACCUUAAAUUCUUUAGAGUUUCUGUCCAAUAGGCGGCCUUUGACGUUAUUCCCAACCAGACUCCAAUAAAAAUAAUGAUAAAUAUGGUCCCACCAUCCUGAUAAUCCAAAUUAUAUGCACAAUACGUCCUCCCCACAUGGCCACCCCCACUGGAAAUCCAGGGAAAGAAUUCAAAAUUGUGGGUUUUGCCAUUAAAAAAUUCCUUUGGGUCAACAAAGCAUCCAGUAUGGUAGAUCGCUAUGCGCACAAUCAACCUACCUUCACGCGCAAAACUCUCGACAAAAUUCUGUGAUUGUUAUCUGCUGUAUCUGCAGAAAGAUUAACAGUGGUUUUUGGGAGAUUCAAAGGGUGAUUUGAUUACAAUGACUAAGAAGGCCGUACUGGUCGGAUGCAACUACCCGGGAACCAAGGCGGAAUUGAAGGGAUGUGUGAACGAUGUGGAGAGAAUGUACCGAUGCCUGACUGAUCGUUUUGGAUUCCAAGAGGAAAACAUAACAGUACUCAUAGACACGGAUGAAAAUUUCAGGAAGCCCACGGGAGCCAACAUCAGGAGAGCCCUAUUGACCCUGGUGAAAGGUGCAGAGCCCGGAGAUGUGCUGUUUUUCCACUACAGUGGGCAUGGUGUUCGUCUGCCUGCUGAGACCGGCGACGAUGAUGAUACCGGCUAUGAUGAAUGCAUUGUUCCCACUGACAUGAAUCUUAUCACAGAUGAUGACUUCUGCGAGUUUGUUGAUAAGGUCCCAAGUGACUGUAUCUUUACAAUAGUUGCAGAUUCUUGCCACAGUGGGGGUCUAAUUAAGAAUGAAAAGGAACAAAUUGGACACAGUACUCAAACUGAAUUUGAUGGGGAGCAGAAGAGAGAAGGAAGAUUUGGUUUCAGAGAAUUAUUAUCUGAAACUGUGCAUGAUCUUGUGCAUGAUGCCUUUGAGUCUCGAGGCAUUCAUCUACCUUCUCGAAAUGGGCACAGGCACGAGAGUGAAUACAAUAAAGAAGAAACAGUGAAGGUCCUGAACUAUAGGGAAGGAGAAGCUAGAAACCGGUCUCUUCCUCUGUCUGUAUUAAUAGAAAUUCUGAAAGAGAAAACUGGUCAAGAAGAUAUUGAUGUUGGGAAAAUCCGGCCAACUCUUUUUGACUUUUUCAGAGAGGAUGCAAGCCCCAAAGUGAAGAAGUUUGUCAAAGUUCUUGUGAGCAAACUGGAGUCAAAUGAUGAUGGUGGGUUCCUUGGGGCCAUUGGAAAUUUGGCUCAGCAGUUUCUGAAGCAGAAGUUGGAGGACAGUGAUGACAGUUCUGGGUAUUUGGAGCCAGCAUUACAGGAAAAGGUUUCCAGCACCCAUGAAGUGUAUGCUGGAUCUAUGAAGAAUGGGGUUCCAGAUAUGGGAAUUUUGAUCAGUGGCUGCCAAUCUGAUCAAACUUCUGCUGAUGCAAAUCCUACUGGAAACCCUCUUAAUGCAUAUGGAGCUUUAAGCAAUGCAAUUCAAGCAAUCCUUUCUGAGCAUGAUGGUCCCAUAGCAAACCGCGAGCUAGUGAUGAAAGCUCAGAAGGUGCUCUCAAAGCAAGGUUUUACACAGCGCCCAGGUCUCUACUGUAGUGAUUGUCAUGUAGAUGCCCCCUUCAUUUGUGAUUAGAAAAUCAUUACCCAAUCAUUUGAGCAUAUGAAGUUAUAAACCAUAGUUUCUGCAUGAGUGUGACUUUGCAAUAUGUGAUCUGAUAAUGUUUUAUAAGUAGUAAAUCAUAUAGGGCCCAUGGGGCAACUUGUUAGGCAUUUUUUGGGUUCCUGUUGAUUAAAUGGCUUAGCAGUUUUUUAAAGGCAAGGUAAAUAGUUCCAUUUACUCCAUUUUGUUUUUGAUUGUUGACUGACUAGACUAUUGUUUAGUCUUUAGUCUUUCCAAAAAAAAUUGUUUGUGUUAAAAACGAUCAUUUUCAAAGGGAUUGCAAUUAUUUAAGUGCAUUCAUCUUU